UUGAUAGAUCACUCCGGAGCUAUAAACGCGCAUCAACACAACUCGAUUUUUCCUUGCUAUCCGAAGAUGAGAGUGUCCAUCGCGGUGCCCUCUGCAUGCUUUACCUCCUAACUCGGGCUCUAGACCCGCAGCUGGGACGGGAGAGAGAGCAACCUCUCUUUUCUCUCAUCAUCACUCGCUUGGUGUUCCAAGGACACGGGGAGCGAGCCGACAGUCGACGACAAUAAUUGUACGGUAUUUGUGUAUCCUUUCUCAUUUAAACAAACUUCCUCAUCCUGUCUUUCACGCUGGGCACAUAUAGGGAAGGAGAGAAGAACAAGGCUCCGCAUCGCUAUUUCUACCGUGGAAAUACAUUUGGACGGGUUUUGUGCCCUGUCCGUAUUUGGUGAACCCUGGAUUUAGUGAACAUGGAGACGGUGGAGAAGGAGUGCGGGGCGUUAGGUGGACUAUUCCAGGCGAUUGUCAAUGAUAUGAAGUGUUCAUACCCCGUGUGGGAGGACUUCAGUGCCAAGGCCACCAAACUGCACUCCCAGCUCCGGACCACAGUGCUGGCGGCAGUGGCCUUCCUGGAUGCCUUUCAGAAGGUGGCGGACAUGGCCACCAACACCAGAGGCGCCACCAGAGACAUUGGAUCAGCUCUUACCAGGAUGUGCAUGCGGCAUCGCAGCAUCGAGGCCAAACUGCGCCAUUUCACCAAUGCCCUGAUGGAGAGCUUGAUCACUCCUCUCCAGGACAGGAUUGAGGAUUGGAAGAAGACAGCCAACCAGCUGGACAAGGACCAUGCCAAAGAGUACAAGAGAUCUCGUCAUGAGAUCAAGAAGAAGUCCUCAGACACCAUGAAACUGCAGAAGAAGGCCCGGAAAGGCCGAGGGGACCUGCAGCCCCAGCUGGAUAGUGCCAUGCAUGAUGUGAAUGACAUGUACCUGCUGAUGGAGGAGACAGAGAAGCAGGCGGUGCGCCGAGCUCUGGUGGAGGAGAGGGGACGCUUCUGCACCUUCAUCGGCUUCCUGCAGCCUGUAGUGAAUGGAGAGAUUGCCAUGCUGGGAGAGAUCACUCACCUCCAGGCCAUUAUUGAUGACCUCACUGUGCUGACCACUGAUCCUCACAAACUGCCCCCCGCCAGCGAGCAGGUGAUUAAAGACCUGAAGGGUUCAGACUACAGCUGGUCCUACCAGACCCCUCCCUCCUCCCCCAGCAGUUCUGGCUCCAGGAAGAGCAGCAUGUGCAGCAGUGUGAACAGCGCCCACAGUAGUGCCUCCCGCUCCUCCGGAGGCUCUCAGACUCACUCACCCAGUUCGUCCUAUCGCUACCGCAGCCUGGCCCAGCCGCCACCAGGGAACGCUCACCGCCUCAGCAGUGUCUCCUCCCACGACUCAGGCUUCAUAUCACAGGACGCCAACGUCUACUCCAAGCCUCCCUCGCCCAUGCCCUCUGACAUCACCAGCCAGAAGUCAUCAAGUUCCGCAUCCUCAGAGGCAUCCGAGACCUGCCAGUCAGUCAGUGAGUGCAGCUCUCCCACAACGGAUUGGUCCAAGGCAGGUUCUUAUGAGCAGCCGUUGGCUGCCACGCUUCAGCGGCGGAAGGAGCCCCUGGAUAGGCUGAGGGAGAGCGAGGCAUCCCCGGGCUCCCAGGGAUAUGCUGGUGCUCACCCAGACGAUGUCCAGAGGCCCCGAAUGACCCCCGCCACCAUCGCUGCCAAGCACGGCGAAGAGGUGUCUCCAGCAGCCAGUGACCUGGCCAUGGUUCUGACCCGGGGUCUCAGCAUGGAGCAGCAGAAGAGCAACAGGGACUCCCUGCAGUACUCUAGUGGCUACAGCACCCAGACCACCACGCCCUCCUGCUCCGAGGACACUAUCCCCUCUCAGGGGUCGGAUUAUGACUGCUACUCUGUGAAUGGAGAUGCCGAAGGUGAGGCGUCAACUGACUUUGACAAGUCCUCCACCAUCCCCCGCCACAGCAACAUCGCCCAGAACUACCGCCGUAUGAUCCAGACCAAGAGGCCGGCCAGCACCGCUGGUCUGCCUAGUGGAGCCCAGGGCGGAGUGCUUGGAGGGGGAGGGGGCAUUGGGACCCCUGGGACUGCCACCAUCCGCCGAACCCCAUCCACCAAGCCGGGUGUGAGGCGCACCCUGUCCAACGCGGGCCCCAUCCCCAUCCGCCCCCCCAUAGUGCCAGUGAAGACACCCACGGUGCCUGAUGCUCCUGGGGGGUACCCCGGGCCUCCGGUACGUGUGGGCAGUGAGGAGUGCGUGUUCUACGUGGCAGAUGACUCCUCCCCCAACACGUUGGAGUAUGUGAAGGCCUCUCCCAAACGACUGAGCCUGCCCAACACAGCGUGGGGGUCUGGGGGAGCGAUGGAGAUGAGUGUGUAUGUCCAGCAGGCUGCCCAGCACGGCUCUGAGGAGGACCAGAUGAUAGCCGCUAACCGCCACAGCCUGGUGGAGAAGAUAGGAGAGCUGGUGGCCAGUGCCCAUGCCCUUGGGGAGGGACAGUUCCCCUUCCCCAACCUUCCUGAUGACCCCCCACCUGGCCUGGACCCCCAGCACGACCCCCAGGCCCCCGGGUCAGGCACCGACGUGCUGGUGUCCAUCCGCAGGGGUGUGCGGCUCCGCAAGACCGUCUCCAACGACAGGUCAGCGCCCAGGAUUUUGUGAUGGUCCACAGCGGAGCGGAGGGAGCGCAGCCUGCACCCACCGAGGUGCCCCAACCACUACAUGACUCUGUAGUAAAGAAAUGAAUAUGACAACAGAAGAUUACAAAAAAAUACGUUUUAAUUAGAAGUAAAUGAUAAAUAACAAUAAUAAUGCUGAUAAUGAAAAAGUAAAUCGUGAAUAAUAAUGACAGGCUCUAGCCACUAUAACUCUAUCGUGUCUGGGCGCAUGUUUGUUUAAUAAGCACCACCAUCACCACGGGAUCCUCAGACUGUAUAUAGAGACUCUGUCUGGACUGACUGCCGAGAGAGAGACUGUUUUAUAGGGACCUGGACUUCCAGCCACCCUCUCCACCUCCUCCCACAACCCCCCACUCCUCACCCAACCUCUUACCCCCCCAUUCUAGAGUAAAACAGAGGGAAGCAGGUGGCAGAGAGACAGAUGAAAAGUGGGGUCAGUAGGGGGCUCCAUCUCUCCCUCUCCCUUUAGCUCAGGCCACAAGGCUCUGACAAUGCACUGUUAGCUUUAAACCAUGGCUAACCGCGUAGGUGUGUGUGCGUGUAAGAGGUGGGCAGAGUUCUGCUGCAGGUCAGCUGGUUGUAUUUGAGGGUGAGGCUUCUCUCCUCUGUGUCGUUUGUUGUUACCCUCACACUGGGCACACACCGGCUAAAUCAACGUUGUUUCCACAUCAUUUGAAUGAAAUGACGUUGGACUGACGUGGAAUUGACGUCUGUGCCCAGUGGACUGUUUUUAUUGUGACAUUUGAUUUCCUGUUACCACUGUAUGAGAAACUACAAAAUGAAGCCAGGCGUAUAUAUUUUCUAAAUCCAGAGAGAAUAAGAAAUGGAGCAAUAAAUGUGUUUUAUUUUCUGCUUGCGGAGUGGAGAAACAGAAGCUGUUAUCUUAGGUUUAGGUUCUCUUUUUUUUAACUUGCAGGCAAUCAUCAGGCAUGCUCAAGUACAUAUGACAGUGGCUGUCUAACUUUGGCCAUUGGCUUUUCUCAAGUCCUUGCCUGAUGUGUUAAAAAAAACAGAAAAAUCAUUGAAAACUGAAGCACUUUGAAGGUUAAUUUCUAGUGUGGCCACUAGGAGUCAGUGUGGUCAUGCUAUGUGAUGAGACGAGGGUGCUGGGGGACUGAGACAGUUGGUUGUCAUGCGGUGUGCUGAGUGAGUGCCACAGACCAGUGAGUGAAGCAGUUCAAUUGGUGAGAGAAUAGGAAGAUCGAAAAAGGAAGUGAUAAAGAAAGGUGGGAAAUGGGAACGGAAGGAUACGCCAUUGGAGGCAUGGUUAUGUACAAUGGGUCCGUGCUGAAAAGGUUGAAUUCCAAAAAACGGAUUUAUAAUUUAGAUCAUAACAUUUAUGUAAAGAGAGGGAUGGUAAGCUGCUGUACUUGUCAUCACCUGUUGUGAGUCUCAAACAUGAGAUCCAUAGCUCAUGUGAACCAUGUGCAGCCUUACUCGGGAGCUGGCUUUGCUAAAGACAUUAGAAUGAAAGUGACUAUAGCCAGGGAGAAACAGUGAGGAUAAUGUAAGGGGUUGCCAGAAGAAGAAGGGGGGAAUUUAUGUUUACAGAGUUAGCUGAAAGAGAGUUGCUGCAGCGGAGAGAGAUGGAAUGAGCAUUUCACUGCCUGUUCAUACUGUAAGCCCGAGUCGAGAGUCAGACGCACAGGAGGAAGUCAAGACUAGAAACUGUAUGAAUAUAUAUAUAGUAACCUUUCAUAAAAUUAUGUUGCCAUAUUUUUGCAAUAAUGUUAUGCUGUAGUCUUACUUUUGUAAAUGAAAAAAAAGAGAAGAAUUUCCAGAGAACAAUGAAUCACAGUGAUAUAGGAUCUGAGCAGGCAGAGAGCAUUAUUCUGACUGCUGUGCUGUAGGGUAGUGAUGAACUUCAUGGAUGUCUGCCCAAUGCUCCCUAGCAGUGACUGUUGAUGUCCUCACCUUGACUACAAUGACCAUUACAAACUGUAUCUCAAUGCUUAUUUUGUUUAAAAAAAUGUUUUUUUAUUUAUUUAGCCUAAAUAAGAGCACUGUUUUAGAAAUGCCUGUGGCUGUUUUCAAGCGAGGAUCUGCUUUGAGAAGAUGAAACACCUGGUAUUGUAGAAUAUUGCUCAUCUGCUGGAGUGCCUGUAGUACUUCCGCAAGGGGCUCUGUAAGAGGGUGUGUGGGUGUGACGCGGCAGGGUGGGGCGGGGGAGGAAGGGGAGAGACCAGCAGUCUGGAGGGAGUGGCCCAGGGUGGAUGUGACCUCCCCUGGCACAGUGCAUUCUCAACCAGAGGAUGCUCAUCCAGAGAAUGUCUGCAAAGCACAGGUCAGAACGAUGUAUAUUUAUAUAUACAUAUAUACAUACAUAUACUGUUUAAGAAGUUGAACACUAAUUGUACAGGUUAAAUUGCUAGAAUCUAAAAAAAAAAAAAAAAAAAAACGUUUUACUCACAUUACUUCACAUUACUGAAGAAAAAAAGGCAAAUGUCAACUGUGUGACAGCAAUAUGGGAGUGUGUUUAUUAGCCAAUUUAACAAUACAACUUCUUGUCUAACAAAAAGGUAAACAUGUUUACUGUCUUUUUAACUGUGCAGAUUUAACUCUGGCAAUUAUUCUGUUCCAAUUUCUUGUCAUGCUUGAAUUACUCUGCUUCAUUCUGAUUGUGUGUGAUGCUCCUUACCGUUCCCGAGACCCCAACUCUGUAAGCGUCACUUCUGUCAGAGCAUUAGAGAAAGACAGGAUGUGGCACAGAGACAGACAGAGCGAGUGAGACUGGGCUGUUUGCUAGUGUGUGUUAGACUGAGAGGACCCCUACAGGGGAACUACAGGGAUGUCAUGCCUGGGAUGAGGUGACACUCUCCAAGACCCCAUGGUGGAUGACUAGCAGUCACCCUCACUCCCUCACACCCCCACAGCUGGGCUGUCUCUGGGUCCACACUCUCUUUCCCUCUUUCCUCACUAUCACUCGCUUCUCGCCAUCCUCCCACUGGGCAUAGAUGUCAGUUUAACGUCUAGUUUCGAUUUACAUUUGGUUGAGUUGUUAUCCAACAAUAAUUCAACAUUAAAUCAACAACAAAAAAAGUAUGUUAAAAGUUGGGUGUGCGAAGAAGACGGAAUGCCCUAGCGUUGAUUACUUUUUGCACAUCCAAUUAAUUUUCCAAGUUGAUUCAACGUCAUCGCAUAGUUUUUUGGGGGUUGGAAUGAUGUGGAAACAACGUUGAUUUAACCAGAUUUUGCCCAGUGGGCUACCCCCACUUAUACUCUCAAUAAAUGAACUUGUUUCUUUUCAACCUCUUAUCCACCCAUCCACCACAACCCCAACUCCUACUAGCAGCUCACUCCAUAGCUUGCCUCAGCCUCAGCAUCAGCUCUUAAGCCAGAGCCAAGCCCAAACUCCCAACAGGACUUUGAGUGAAACACUUUCCCGCUGGGGCUAAUGCAAGGACAGGGAAUAACUGUGUCAUCACAAUAAAAUGCUGGUUUCACAUGAGAAGAACAACACUUCCAUGAGAACGUGAUAUGAUGUCUCAUGCUGGCUGGAUUAUAGCUAAUGAAAUCAUUUAAGUUAAACCUUAACUUCCCUCUAAGUGAGUGUUAAUUUGCGAUAAGUGCCCAUGUGACUUCUCUCUCUCAAAUGGGGUGAGUUGUUUGUCUGUGUAUCCUGCUGCGCUUGCCAUGGGUGGUGUGUCCAUAGUGUUAGCGCUGUCGCGAGGGGAAUGGAGCAAAUGGGUUGAUGGGAGUGUUUUAGCAUAAUACACUUUUCUCUUCAUGUUGAGUGAGGUUUGCACAGUGCUGUGUAGAGACGUAUUUUUCACUUCCGUGUCUCUGCAAUACAGCCACGGUCGCAAGUUACACUUAUUUAAAUAGCUUUUUGAAUACUUAUGCAGAUCACUUUCACAAUUUCAAUAAUAGAGAAAAUGUGUUUUCAUUGCCUUGUGAGUUUCACUGUGUGUGAUUUAAUACUCCCCCCGCUAAGCUAUAUAGAAAUAACAAUGGAACUCAUUCAUAAUGUGGGAUACUGGAUAUGUAACAGGAGUCUAUAGGUCUCAUUGGGUCUCUAUAAUGCAUUGCCUAACACAGAUCAACCUGUCCUCCCCCUCUUAAUCCUGGAUAAGAGCUUGGUUAAUCAGCCUUAUUACUGUAAGAACAUUAGAAAGUGGAUGACUGUCAGGAAAUCCUCUGGACUAUAGUCAUUCUGGCCAACACAGACCGUAACACUGUAUGCCUUUAUAGUCUAGGCUGGUGUUAGUGUCCGACCAGUACACACAGCCGUACUGUGACCUUGCAAAUCACUUUAUGCCGUUGUAAGGUAGCCAAACAGCCCAACCCCCUCUUCCUUUAACUAGCUUAUAAUUCAUAUGUUCAAGCAUAUGUCAGGGCAAAGAUUGAAUCAAGCUGGGUAGCUGUGGGGUGUAGGUCAUGUAUGGAGGUUAUACUGUACGUGGUCUAGGAGUAGUUUGUUUACAUUGUCCACAGGUGUUGCGUUGGUGUGUCUUCGUGCUCAUGAAGUCUACCCUGAUGUAUGUUGAGGAUCUCUGACACUGAUGAAGAAACAUAGACUCUGCCUCGACACAAGGUGGCUACACGCCCACUCUCCCACCCACACACAGCCUGUCCCCGUCUAUUUAAAAAGACCAACAAAGUCACCCCACAACGAUGUCACCAUCCGUUAACUCAACGCUGUCAGCUCCUGAGAUGUAGUCAGGCAGGGAGGAGGUGACUCGCAUUUCCAGGUGCCAUGGUAACAGAACUGAAUGUCUUUUCACUUGUGGAUUCUCAGUGGUUUCCUCUCUCUUCCUCUUCCCAAAGCCCAAUCCAAUAUUAAAGCUAAACCAAUGCAUCUAUGAACUUGACCCUUGCCACAGUUUUUAUGAAGUCAUUAUUUUCAUUACGGUAUUGUGAAGAGAUAUGAUGUGUGCAUAUGUUUUUGUACAAAACCCCCUCCAAUGGAGUCACGUAACGCUACAUGCUUUCUGUCUUCUAAUUUCUCUCCUCUUUAAUUUAUUGUGCCCUUUUCUCCAAGGCUGUUUUGCCUCUUUUGCUGAUGACAAGUUUUUCUUUUUGUAAUAUUAAUCCUUUUAAUUUUGUUAACUUUAGUCACUGCUAAUGUAACAAAACGCACUGUGAUGAUUCCAGUAUUAAUAAAAUAUGUACUUAAACUGUG